GCCCUGAAACAAUACACGACUCCGGGAAGUAUUUUGCUUGGCCAACAAAAAAUCUGCUGGUAGGAGAAACGUGACAUCUCAGCCCGCCUGCCUCGUUCUUCGUCAAGGCUCACCACCACCAUGGAUGACCUCACCCAAGCUCUCUCGGCCAGCUUCGCCGUCUCGAAGGAGGCCAACAGCACAGCGGCCCCCCACCCACGGAUGGCCCAGUACAAGACCAAGUUCAGCGUUUUGGAGCAAAGCGAGCGACGGCGGCGCUUUCUAGAUCUGCAGAAAACGAAAAGGCUGAAUUAUGUCAACCAUGCACGCCGUCUGGCUGAUGGGGACUGGACAGGGGCAGAUAGUGAUGAGGAAGCAGUGGUGGUGGACAGAAAGGAGGAGGAACAGCAGAAGGAGAAGGAUGCAGAGGAUGAUGGGAUGGAGAUUGAGAGGAAGAAGUUGCCAAAGUACUAUGCCAACCAGCUCAUGCUGUCAGAGUGGCUAGUGGACGUCCCUCAGGAACUGGAUACUGAUUGGCUCAUGGUGGUCUGUCCCGUGGGGAAGCGCUCUCUCAUCGUCGCCUCCAAGGGGUCCACUGCAGCAUACACCAAAAGUGGCUACUGUGUGAACCGCUUCCCUUCUCUGUUGCCUGGAGGGAACAGACACAACUCAGCAAUGGGAAAAGAUUACACCAUCCUGGACUGUAUCUACAGUGAGGUGGAGCGGACCUACUUCAUCCUGGAUGUCAUGUGUUGGAGGGGCCAUCCAGUGUAUGACUGUCCAACAGAGUUCCGGUUCUACUGGCUCCAGUCGAAAGUCCAGGAGACGGAUGGCAUGGCUGACAUUGCCAAGAGGAACCCUUUCAAGUUUGUGAGUCUUCAAAGCACUGCCUGCUCAACGGAAGCCAUUCAGCAAGCACUUGCAACGGAGUACAACUUCAAUGUGGACGGACUUCUGUUUUACCACCGGCAGACCCACUACACCCCCGGCAGCACCCCUCUGGUGGGCUGGCUGCGGCCCUACAUGGUGGUCGAUAUCCUGGGCAUGGAGGUCCCGGUGGGGCCCCUCACCGCCAAGCCCGAGUAUGCCGGCCACCAGCUGGCCCAGAUCCGGGAGCACAAGAAGACCUCCGACCAUGUCCGGCCAGGGGACCUGAACGGCCGCUACGAGCUGGAGCACCUAUCCACCCCCGACCAGGAAAAGGGAGAUGGCGAUGCCGCCACCUCGCCCCGCAGCAGACCGCUGAAGGAAUCUCGCAUGGAGACCUCAGAAGAGCGCGAGUUAGCUAGCCGCUAAAGGCUAACUCAGUUAACUAGCCGCUAAAGGCUAACUCAGUUAGCUAGCCGCUAAAGGCUAACUCAGUUAGCUAGCCGCUAAAGGCUAACUCUGUUAGCUAGCCGCUAAAGGCUAACUCUGUUAGCUAGCCGCUAAAGGCUAACUCUGUUAGCUA